AUGUCAGGGAAAAAACCAAAAACUAUUCUUACUGAUCAAGAUGCAGCAAUGGCAAAGGCAUUAAGAUCCCAAUGGCCAGAGACUUAUCAUCGCUUAUGCAUUUGGCAUAUGUAUCAAAAUGCAGCAAAACACCUGAGUAGUGUUUUUGAAAGAUUUUGUGAAUUUGCUACGGAUUUUGGAAAUUGCAUAUAUGAAUAUGAUGAAGAAUGUGAAUUCAUUGAGGCUUGGGGGAACAUGCUUGGGAAAUAUAAUCUUGAAAAUAAUGAUUGGUUGGCAAAACAAUUCGAGUUGAAGGAGAAGUGGGCACUUGUAUAUGGAAGAGAGACUUUUUGUGCAAAUAUGACUACUACUCAACGAAGUGAAAGCAUGAAUAAUGUACUUAAAAAGUAUGUUAGCUAUCAACACACGUUGUUGCGUUUUUUCAAACAUUUUGAGAGGUUAAUUGAUGAUCGUCGUUAUGAAGAGUUAAAAGCAGAUUUUAGAGUAAGUCAACGCAAUUUAGCACCAUCUCUCCCAAUUGAAAUUUUGAAUCAUGCAGCAUAUGUGUAUACCCCUGCAGUGUUGAGAAUGUUUGAGGUUGAGUUUUCAAAGGCUUAUAACUGUGCUAUGGAAUUUUGUACUGAGCUAGGAGCAGUGACAGAGUAUAAGCUUACUCCUAAUGGUAAGUAUUUUCACCACACAGUUAAAUAUGACUCUUCAAUUGAUGGAGCGAUAUGUAGUUGCAAGAAGUUUGAGUUUGCAGGAAUAUUGUGCUCACAUAUUCUUAAAGUAUUUUCCUUUCGUAAUGUUUUGAAAAUACCUUCUCAAUACAUUUUAAAGAGGUGGACAAAGCAUGCGAAGAUUGGAGCUACAGGUAGUACAUCUGAGAUUAAACAGGGAGAUGAUCCUAAAGCAUGUUUGGCAAUGCGUUAUCAAGAUUUGUCGAGAUCUUACACUCAUAUUGUAACAAGAGCAUCAGAAACUGAAAAAGCCUAUAAAGUUGCUAGAAAUGUCUUUAAAAAACUUUGGGAUGAUGUUGAUGCAUGUUUGAGAGAAGAAAGAAUUGAAAGUAAAGAGGAGAGUCAUACUACCUUUGGAAUUGAUACAACAGUAAAAGGUAUAAAAACAAAAAAUAAGAGAAUUUGUGGUAGCUCUUCUCGUCCAAAGAAUUCUCUUGAGAAGAUGUGUAAGAAAACCAAAGUUUCCAAAAAAAAAUCGUCUACGAAACAGGUAUCACCAAACUUUAACAACAACGAUCAAGUCAAUAACUAUAUGCCAGAUUCUCAACCAGAUUUGUCAUUCUCCACAACUUCAUUUAAUCUUAACCAUAUUGGUAUGACACCUAAAAAUUCAAGUAUAGGAACAAGCAUGACUGAAUUGCUCUUACAGGCUGAGUCUACAUCUUUUGGAUUUGAAGGUAACCAAUUUUUCAAGAAUAUAUAA